AUGAUGACUCCUCCUAGGCACUCUCCUCAUUCAUCUUCUUUGAAGCAAAAACGUUUCCUAAUUUGUCUUUUACUUAUCUCCAUACCGUCAUUGAUUAUUGUAAUAAUAAUUUCAGCGAAACACCAAAAACCGCCAUUAGUUGGCACCGCCUUAAGCGAUGAUAAUAAUGUUCAUGAGAAGAAGGAAACAAAACCAGCUUGGUUUGAUGUCAUAGCAAAAGGCAUCAAAGAAGAGAAGAUUAAGAUAGGCCUAGUUAAUAUCCAAGACGACGAAGAACUAGUAGGUUCACUUCAUCAUCACCUUCAUCCAAAAGUAGAGACUUUAACUGUGAAUUUUGAUCAUGUGAAUGAGAGUUUGAAGUGGGAGGAGUUGUAUCCUGAGUGGAUUGAUGAAAAUGAGAGAUGGGGUAAGCCCAAGUGCCCGGAAAUGGCAAUGGCGGCGGCGAAAGAGGAUCUGAAUGUUGUGGUGGCCAGGGUUCCAUCAUGUGGGGUUAGGGAUGUGUUUAGGUUGCAAGUGAAUUUGGUGGUGGCGAAUUUGGCGGUGGAGAAUGGGUGGGUGAGUUGGGUGGAGUUUGAUCAUAGGGUUGUGUAUGUUGUGUUUGUUGGGUCUUCUUCUUCUUGUGGUCCAAUGGAAGAGAUUUUCAGGUGUGAUGAUCUUUUGAUGCAUAAUUAUAAUAAUAAUCAUAAUCAAGAAGGUGGGUAUUACUGGGUUUACAAGCCUGAUUUGAGAAGCCUCAAGCACAAAACCCUUAUGCCUAUUGGUUCAUGCCAGAUUGCACCUGCUUAUGAAACAUGGAGAUGGAGGCCAGAGAAGAAGAAACAAAAUUCCAGCACUACCCUCAGUCCCAAUGCAAGAACAGCCUAUGUUACCAUCCUUCACUCUUCAGAGCUUUAUGUAUGUGGUGCAAUUUCUCUUGCUCAGAGCAUCAUUCAAAACCCCGACAAAGAUACCCACCGCCUCCACGAAACCAAAGACCUUGUCCUUCUCGCCGACGAUUCCAUCACCUCCGAAUCCUUAACCGCUCUGAAAGCCGCCGGCUGGAACAAGAUCAAGCGCAUCCAACGCAUCCGAAGCCCCUUCGCCAAGAAAUCUUCAUACAACGAGUGGAACUACAGCAAGCUUCGAAUAUGGGAACUCACAAUGUACGAGAAAAUCAUCUUCCUAGAUUCCGAUGUUAUUGUCCUCAAGAGCAUACAUGGUUUCUUCUAUUAUCCGCAGUUAUCCGCUGCACCCAACGAGAAAGCUAUGUUUAAUUCCGGAGUCAUGGUGAUUGAACCGUCACAGUGCAUGUUCGAGAACAUGUUGGACAAAAUUCACAAGGUGAAAUCUUACAACGGAGGUGACCAAGGUUUCUUAAAUGAAGUCUUCGCAUGGUGGCAUAGAACGCCAUCAAAGCUAAACAAGCUUAAAACUUUUAGGUCUAAUAAUAGUGGGAACCAUGAAGAUGAUGAGGAUUUGUACACCAUACAUUAUUUAGGGUUGAAACCGUGGAUGUGUUACCGGGACUAUGAUUGCAACUGGGACAAAGAAGAGUACCGCAUGUUUGCUAGUGACUUGGCACACCAAAAAUGGUGGCAGGUUUAUGAUGCCAUGCCCAAAGAGUUGCAAUCUUAUUGUGGGCUUAGCACCAAGAUGAAUCAAAGGAUUGUAAAGUGGAGAAGGAUAGCCAUGAAUGAUAGUACUUUUGAUGCCCAUUCGAAGAUUCAGGUUAAAGAUCCUAGAAGGAACAAUUAUCAUGUGGCUUAG